UGGAACUGGGGGCAGCUCGUGGGACCCCAUUGUGGGAAUUUGAACCAAGGAAACUGGGAGAUUGUAGGGGGAGGAGACGCUCCCAGAUCACUGUGUCCACCUAAGGGUGGAGGAGGAGACCGCGGACGGCCUCUCGACGUCCACGCCAUUGCUGCAUGCUGUCCCGUCCUGCUGGGAGCAUGGUCUGCGGCAACCGGGAAGGGAUGCUUCUGCUGUUGCGGACCGGGCUGCUCGCCCUGGCUGCGUUCUGCUUGCUCCAGGUGCCCCGAGUCCAAGCUGCAGCCUGUGAGCCCGUCCGCAUCCCCCUGUGCAGGUCUCUCCCCUGGAACAUGACCAAGAUGCCCAACCACCUGCACCACAGCACCCAGGCCAACGCUAUCCUGGCCAUCGAGCAGUUUGAAGGUCUGCUGGGCACCCACUGUAGCCCGGAUCUGCUCUUCUUUCUCUGUGCUAUGUACGCUCCCAUCUGCACAAUUGACUUCCAGCACGAGCCCAUCAAGCCCUGUAAGUCUGUGUGCGAACGGGCCCGGCAGGGCUGCGAGCCCAUCCUCAUCAAGUACCGCCACUCAUGGCCCGAGAGCCUGGCCUGCGAGGAACUGCCGGUGUACGACCGGGGCGUGUGCAUUUCUCCCGAAGCCAUCGUCACCGCGGAUGGAGCUGAUUUUCCUAUGGAUUCCAGUAAUGGAAACUGUCGAGGGGCAAACAGUGAACGCUGCAAAUGUAAGCCUAUUAGAGCUACACAGAAGACCUAUUUCCGGAACAAUUACAACUAUGUCAUUCGGGCAAAAGUUAAAGAGAUAAAGACAAAGUGCCAUGAUGUGACUGCAGUAGUCGAAGUGAAGGAGAUUCUGAAGGCUUCACUGGUAAACAUUCCAAGAGACACUGUGAACCUUUAUACCAGCUCUGGAUGCCUGUGUCCUCCACUUAACGUUAAUGAGGAAUAUGUCAUCAUGGGCUAUGAAGAUGAGGAACGUUCCAGAUUACUCCUGGUGGAAGGUUCUAUAGCUGAGAAAUGGAAAGAUCGACUUGGUAAAAAAGUUAAGCGCUGGGAUAUGAAGCUCCGUCAUCUUGGACUGAGUAAAAGUGAUUCUAGCCAUAGUGAUUCCACUCAGAGUCAGAAGUCUGGCAGGAGCUCUAACCCUCGGCAGGCGCGCAACUAAAUUUAUAGAAGCAAAGAAAGUAUGAUCAGUGGACUUCCUAUGAAGACUUGCAUUUCUGGACAACAAAGAAAAAUUGCACUAUUGCACGUCAUAUUCUAUAAUUUACUACAAAUUCAUGUGCUAACUUAUACUACUUCUAUUUUCUCUCUUGUUUUCUGCUUUUCUUUCCUUCUCCCCUCCCCUCUUUGUGGUCUGGCUGCAGAUACUUAAAUAAUUAUAUAUUUUCUAUUUCACUAAUCAUGGGAAAAACUGUACUUUUGCAAUAAUACUAAUAAUAAAUUAAACAUGCUG